GGCUCAACAGCGGGCAUUGGGUCACCAGGCACGACAGCGGGCAUUGGGGUCACCAGGCACGACAGCGGGCACAGAGUCAUCUGGCAAGGCAUCAACUGGCACGACCGCGGGCAUCGGGUCACCAGGUAUGACAGCGGUCACUGGGUCAUCAGGCAUUGGAUCGUCUGGCUCGACAGCGGGCAUCGAGUCAUCAGGCACGACAGCGGCAUCGGGUCACCAGGCAUGACAUCGGGCACUGGGUCAUCAGGCAUUGGAUCGUCUGGCUCGACAGCGAGCAUCGGGUCAUCAGGCACGACAGCGGGCAUCGGGUCAACAGGCACGACAGCGGGCACUGGGUCAUCAGGCAUUGGAUCGUCUGGCAAGAAUGCGGGCACCAAGUCAUCUGGCAAGACAGUGGGCUCCGAGUCACCUGACAAGACAGCGGGCACCGAGUCACCUGGCAUAAUAGGAUCAUCAGGCUGGAUCAGUUCAUCAGGCUGGGUAGAGGCAUCAGGCUGGGUAGAGGCAUCAGGUUGAAUUGUGGGCGCGCCGAGGCACCAGGCUGCACCAUGGAAGGCGGGUUCUCAGAUGGCA